AUGGAGUCGGCAGCUUAUAUCUUUGCUCACGCUGUUGUUGACAGUUCGUGUAAACAAAACGCGCUUUUGUUUCGUUUGAAAGAAAUUAAUUCUCAAAAAAUAAGACAGGCUAGACUUGUGUCGUAUUCAACAAAAUCGCCCUUUCUGCUCAGUACUAGGGCGCGGCGUUCGUGGUGCUAUUUCGUUUGGCCGCUGGAAGAGGAGAACGCUACGGAAGGAGGCGUCGUGAGGGAGACCAUCAAGGUGUUGGAAGGUCCAUCCAAACCUUCUCUGCAGGCUCAUCUCGGCUUAGGUCGUCUUUCUGAAACCCAGCGAGGAGGAGAUCAUAUCAGGUGUUCGCCGCGCCCUAUCAUGGAGCUCUCCGCGCUGCCUGGUCCCGCCGUUGACAGCGCCUGCUGUCGCCAGUGAGCCGUAGCGGGAUGUUGUGCGGCGAGUUCUCGAGUCGAGCAUCGCCCCUCAGCCUGAGCCUGCACCUGAGCCUGGCCGACACGCGCAGCCCCUACUUCACUCUGCUCGCCUUCUGCCAGGGCAUGGCCG